AUGACAAUGGACAAAACAAGACGGGACAUGAACAAGGACAAAAACGGACAUGGGACAAAGGACAAAACAAGACGGGACAUGAACGAACAAAAACAAACGGACAUGAACAAGACAAACAAGACGGACAUGAACAAGACAAAACAAAGAACGGACAUGAACAAGGAACAAAACAAGACGGACAUGAAACAAGGACAAAACAAACGGGACAUGAACAAGGACAAAACAAGACGGGACCAUGAACAAGACAAAACAAGACGGGACAUGAACAAGGACAAACACGACAUGAAACAAGGACAAAACAAGGGACAUGAACAAGGACAAAACAAGACGGGAUGA